UGUCAUUUCUCAAUUUCUGUGAAGAAAAGUCGGUGUCGAUUAAUAUGUUUAUGUUAACGUUAUCAAAAAAGAUUCAGGAUAAUGAAAUAUCUUAACACAGGUGGAUAUUUCAGAUUGUUGAUUAUUGUGGAAAUUCUCUCCUCAAUUGAUCAGAAAGUGAUAUAUUCUUUACAAGUUAGUUGAAAUGUAGGUGAUGUUGAGGCACCAAUAUCCUAUUUGUAAACUAUAAGUGCAAAAAUAAAACGAUGUUACAAAUUUCACUGUGAACAAUUUAAUUUCUGCUAGAAGGAGUUAUGGCGACAAGCUGCGAUGGCAGUAAUUCACCUUCCAAUCAAAGAGGAUCCAACAUUCCCUCACAUCGUUCUUCUCUACGUACUCCUAAAAGACAGCGUUUUCAAGAAGAGCGAAAUCCAGAUCUCUCUUGCCCAAUAUGUUUGAAUUUGAUUGAAGAAGCCCACAUAACAAAAUGUGGCCAUACUUUCUGUUAUGAUUGUAUUGUUAAAUCAAUAGAAUCUUGCAAACGCUGUCCUCAAUGUAAUAAUUCAAUAACAAGUUUAGAAAUGAUAUUUCCCAAUUUUGCACUUAGUGAAUUGAUUAAAAAGCACAAAUUAAGAAUUAAUGGAUUGGAAUCUGUUGGAUCAAACCAUAGCUCAACCGAAUUUUGUGCAGAUGGCCUGAGAGAUUUUGUUGCUGCCGAAUCACAAAAUUUAACACUGCCAGAUGUUAAUGUAAUGUUGGAAGUUUUAACACAAAGGAAACAACUUCUUGAAGCAGAGUCAUGUGCAGCCCAAAACCGUUUGCUGCUCGAGUUUUUAAGACACUUGUUGAGACAGAAAAAAGAACAGCAACAGCAAAUUGUUAAAGAAAUUGCGAUGAUUGAACUUGAUGUUGAAGAAGUUAUCAAAAAAUUGGAUGAGGUCCACAAAAAAUGUCCCACUUUUGAAGAUGUGGAAAGGACAGUUUCAAAUGCUUCAGAAAAUGUGGCCCCUGCUGCAGUAAAUGCAAUGAAGAAAGAAAUGCUGAGCUUAAUUGAUAAUAUAUCAACAUCUACAUCUAGCCAUGAAAAAAUAGCUUCAAUUGAUAGUUCUUCUAGUACCGUUGGUACUUCUUUGGCUGCUAGAAGAAGAAGAAUGUAUUCACAUUUUGAUGAUUUUGUUGGAUGCUAUUUUGCAACAAGAUCCAAGGAAGUAUACUUUGGGAAAGAGCAUACAGAUAAAUCCACUAAAAACAGCAGUGAAUUCAGUAAAGGCUUAGAUGAGUUUAGGGAAAAUCUAAUCAAAUUUUCCAGGUUCAACUCCUUAGCCUUACUUACAUCUAUUGACUAUUCCAAUAAAAUUUUUUGUAACCCAUCCAUUGUUUCAAGCAUUGAGUUUGAUAAGGAUAAUGAAUUCUUUGCUAUUGCUGGCGUUACAAAAAGAAUACAAGUGUUUGAUUAUAACUCUAUUUUGAAUGAUACUAUAGACAUACAUUAUCCUUGUAUUGAAAUGGUAUGCAAAUCAAAGAUAUCUUGUGUCAGUUGGAAUAGUUACCACAAAAGUACAUUGGCAUCUAGUGAUUAUGAAGGAACUGUAACUAUAUGGGAUGCUUCUUCUGGACAAAGGACAAAAACAUACCAAGAGCAUGAAAAAAGAUGUUGGAGUGUAGAUUUCAAUGAGAUGGACACUAGAUUAAUAGCUUCUGGUUCUGAUGAUGCUAGAGUCAAACUCUAUUCUCUAAACACAGAACAUUCAAUUGCUACCUUAGAAGCAAAAGCAAAUGUUUGUUGUGUGAAGUUUCACCCAAAAAGCUCACUAAAUCUUGCAUUUGGUAGUGCUGAUCACUGUGUACAUUAUUAUGACUUGAGGAAUAUGAAAGAGGCUCUAAUGAUAUUCAAAGGUCACAAGAAAGCUGUUAGUUAUGUGAAAUUUUUGAAUAGUGAUGAAAUAGUCUCUGCUUCCACCGAUUCACAAUUGAAAAUGUGGAACAUAAAUGCCCCAACCUGUACAAGAUCAUUUGUAGGACAUAUUAAUGAGAAGAACUUUGUUGGUCUUGCCACAAAUGGUGAUUAUGUAGCUUGUGGAUCUGAAAACAAUUCUCUUUAUGUUUAUUAUAAAGGAUUGAGCCAAAUGCUUUUUAAGUACAAAUUUACUUCUGUGCAAGGUGUUUUAGAACAAGAGCGAAGAGAAGAUGACGUAAAUGAAUUUGUUUCUGCUGUUUGCUGGAAACAAAAUUCUAAUGUAAUAGUAGCCGCAAAUAGCCAAGGAAUAAUUAAUAUACUUCAGUUAGUAUAGACUUGAUACUAGAAGUUUUUGUGUUAUUCAACUGUGUUGAAAUUUUUUCCCCUGAAUCGAUGUGCCCAAGUAUAUAAAUUGAUGUUGAAAAUUAUUUAUUCCCUUUGCAGAAGGUAAUAAUAACUCCAUAUCAUUUUUACAGUAUGGAUUUAUUGAAGUUAUAGAGAUGUUCAUUCUAAAUUUACAAAUACUCUCACUUAUCUGUGAUUAAAUUGAAAUAUACAUAUGAAGUACA